GCACGCGGCGGGCAGCAGCAGCGGCGGAGGCUGCACGCAGCCGCAUAGAAGGCCGCAGGACAAACAGCUUAACUCCAAGCAAUCCUGUAGCAAUAGCAUGAAGUCCGGGCAGGCGCCCCGCCCCGUUUUCUGCAGGACGCCUGCCGAUCGCCGUCGCAACUAAGAGUCCAUCCAGUUCUUCUCCAGGCCUUCAAGACGGAGACAUUCGCAGGUAUGGCGCGAAAGCUGACGGCCUUCUCCACGGCCGGAAGCACCGCCAUGGGCAGUGGUUACUACCACCUGCCCAUCUCCGACAUCGUCAUCACGAAAAGGGACGGCCAGAAGGUAAAAACUGUCCAAGUGGUGAAAUCGGAAGGACCGGACGACGAACUGCAAGAAAUGUCCUACGUCAGCACCAAAGUGAUUGGCAAAGGAACUUUCGGAGUCGUGCAGCAAAUCAAGGUUGUGGACACCGGAGAAACGUUUGCCGUCAAGUGGGUCCGACAGGACCGAAAGUUUAAAAACCGAGAACUGCAGAUCAUGCGCUCUCUGUCGCACAACAACAUCACUCGCCUUCGCUACUUCUUCUGCACACUCGACAAGAACAAAGACACCGUGUACCUCAACCUGAUCAUGGAGUACAUUCCAGAGACAGUGCACCGUGUCAUCAUGCACUACGCGAGGAACAAACACACGUUCCCGCUGUUCUUUAUCAAGCUGUACAUGUACCAGGUGCUGCGAGGACUGGCUUACAUCCACAUGCUGGGUAUCUGUCACCGAGACAUCAAGCCACAGAAUCUUCUUUGUGAUCCUGACAAGUGCGUGGUCAAGGUCUGCGACUUUGGUUCAGCGAAAGUAUUGGUAAAAGACGAACCAAACGUUGCGUACAUCUGUUCCCGGUACUACCGAGCACCAGAACUCAUCCUGGGGGCAACAGAGUACACCUGCAUGGUUGACGUCUGGUCGGCCGGGUGCGUUCUUGCAGAGUUCUUCAUAGCGCGACCGGUGUUUCCUGGAGAUUCGAACCUGGACCAGUUCUCGGAGAUCAUGCGCAUACUGGGUACACCGACUGAAGAGCAAGUCCUGCAGAUGAACCCAAAUUGGACGGAGUGUCGGUUUCCCAAGAAGAAGUCCGUUCCUUGGGAAAAAGUCUUGGAGAACAAGGGAACUCCAAAGGCUAUCGACCUGCUGUCUCAGCUUCUGGAUUACGUUCCCAGCAAGAGGACCACUUGCUUUGACGGCCUCGCCCAUGCCUUCUUCGACGACCUGCGUGCACACGGCACCACUUUACCAGACGGCGCGCAGCUGCCUCCGCUCUUUAAUUUCUCCAACGAUGAGCUGCAAGUCAACCCUGCCAUCAACCACCUGUUACGACCCAAUCCUACUGGUCGAAAACAGUCAGUCAGCAGGGGCAAAUAACCACGACAGUCUCUCCAGCCUCUCAUCAUGACACUGCGUUGGAAGUGUGAUUAAGCGGAAUGCUUCUGGUGAUGUGUCGUGGGAGCGGAAGAAUAACCCAUGGUUGAAGACGUGGUGUAGAUCUUUCAAGUAAACGCGGGUAAAGAGACAGAGCCCGGAUGGAAAGGCAGUUUUUAGUGAGCGACUGGACUCAGAAGAAAAAAAAAAGAUAAGAUAAAUGUUGGAUAAAAGUUUUCCUGAUCGAAUUAGAUACAAUAGGUGAGAUGGAAUA